AUGAACUGGCGCCUGAAACGCCUAUAUAGAGCGCCGGGAGUCGCGGGCAGCCCCACCACCCAUGCUGCCUCAUCCUCGCCACCAACCACUCCACCACACUCAAUCCCUCGAGUGUCGCCUCAGCCCAAGAAUGGCGAAACACCGUUCCCGUCCAAGCAGGCGUCGCUCCUCAGCGAAGCGCCGCGCAUCCACUCCCACUCCCAUCGACAUCCGCAAACCAUCCACCAGCGAUCUCAAACGCCACGCCAGAAGAUCAAGAAGGCGAAGGAACAGAAAGACGACAGAGCCAUUCGGAGAGCCAAACGGAUCGCCGCGGAGACGCAGGACAUUGUUCUUGGGGAUGGCCAGACCGUCGUCUCCAACCGCCCCACACCCUCCCACCGGGUGGCACACAAUAUCUCGCUCGCCGUCCUCCAAAGCCGUCAGCGUACUGUUUUCUACCCCCACUACUCCCCCACCCUCGCGAGAUGGCAGGACGCUCACCAAGAUGCCUCCUCCUCGUCUACACAGAUCGAGUUUGUCGACGGUUCCACCCUCAACACUGCCCGCUCCGUCGUCCUUCCUCGUCUCGGUGACCCGAUGGCCUUCACCGACGUCGGUGUCCUCUCCUUUGCCUCGCCCAAGCGAGCGGGUGGUAGCUUUCUCCAUGGGGGCGCCGAGCAAGAAGACAGUUUUACAAAGAACAUCGGACGUUUCGCAACGAAGACGGCAGUGGUCUUCAUGACCACUCUAUGGUUUACUCCCCAGGUGUCGUCGUAUUCCGCCAGGACGCCGACAACGAGCCACCGUCUGGUCGCACUGGUCGCACCUCCUCCGGCGAACGUCGACCCCAUUGGCGGCAAGUUCAUCGCCCCCUAUAAUGUCAACGUUCUUUCUGUUGUCCCGGUCAACGCUGCCGCCGUCCGCGCCAAGCACAUUAUCGAACCUGGUCAAGAGCAGGUCUUCGAGGAUGGCAUCAGGCACGCUAUGAAGGAGCGGAUGGCGCGCGCUCUGAGGGCCUUCGAGUCCCACGGUGACAAAGUCAUUGUCCUCGGCGCUUUUGGAUGCGGGUCAUCCGAGAACAAGGUCGACAUGGUCGCUGGCAUCUGGGCAGAGCUCCUCGUGUGCGGAGAGACUGUUGGCAACGUCGCGAAGGCCGCACGGUUCAAGAAUUCGUUUGAUAGGGUCGUCUUCGCUGUUCCUGGACGCCUGUUCCAACCAUUCAAGGCGGCCUUUCAGCUCCGCCUGGAUGAAGAGAUCCUCAACGUCGCUACUCUGACUAUAUGA